ACUGUCUCUGUCUCUUCGUAGUAGUUUGAUGUGUCAUUCUGGAACGCCAGUGCUGUUAGCUGAGAGAGAAAUUCAGAAACUUUUCACCUGCAGUUUUUCCCACCUGACAAUCUGACGAAUUUUACUGUGGAAUAUUUCUGAAGAUCCCCUGGAAUAUUUUCCUGUACAGACUCUUACAGUUGUCUUCUUAACAUUCCUAGUUAUCAAUCACUGUACUCUCUGUGUAAUGAUGUAAAUGAUGCGUGUCUCUGCGUGAAGAGUGGUCACCUUGGAAUUUACACCAGAGCCCAUAGGUGAAACACAGGACUUGGUGGUGAAUCAGGAACUAAACUCUGCAACAGUACACUACAGAAGGAAGCACCAAGCGUUACAAAAGACCUUUCCAGUGAAUAUAAAAACACGCACACAGUCACAGAUAUCGACGACAAAAUUCUUGCUGUGCUUCCCAAAGUUUCAGAGUUACGAAAGCAUUUUGAAACUGAUAUCACGAGUGAUACUAAAAUGAAAAGAAAAGAGAGAAUUGCGCGAAGACUGGAGGGUAUAGAGACAGAUGUACCAUCUGCCUUGGCUACGAGUAUGCAAUACACACCUGGCAUGGUGACCAAUCGGCUACUGGAGGAAGACACGCCACGGUAUACACGUGCUUCAGACUCUAAUGAGCCAGUGAGGCACUACAGUUGUGAUGAGAUGGACAAUACAGAGAGGCAAUCAAGGGCUCAAACGCAGCCCAGUGCACAAAUUCCUGUGCAUCCUGUUCAGGAUUCUAACCCUGAAAGCCUCAGCUCCAAAGCAGAACGAAUAGCUCGCUACAAAGCUGAGCGUCGACGGCAGUUAUCAGAACGUUAUGGGAUCCUUCUUGACCAGGAACCUGAUAUGGAUUACACACCACGACACACGCGUGCCAACAGAGAAUCCUUGGACAAACAAGCUUUGCCUGAUGGGGGACAAGGUCAAAAACAGGAACAGUGGAGAGAGGAGAAGGAGAAAGGGCGUGACCGUAACGUCAACAGGUCAAGAUACAGCAGCUCAGGUGUUGGCCGGGUUACCAUGCCUGCUGAUGAUUCUGCCCCUCACACACAAAGAAGAAACACUUUCAGUUCUCGAGACAAGAAAAUGGAUACAGAGCUAGAGAGGGAAAGGGUCAACCUGGAGAACUACCGGAGAACUCCAGACAGCAACCGCCGAUCAUACCAACAAGAAGCUCCACCCACUGUGGAAAAGGGGCCAGCCCAACAGGCUAGAGGUGUUGCUGCAGUGCCUAGAUCCCCCAGGGCAGCCCGCCGUGCCUCAUUGCCCUCCGCACGCCAGGGAAUCUCCCCAGGAGAUCUGUUUAUUGAGCAGCAGGCACAAAACAUCCUCAGCCGACAGGGAAUACGAGGGAGAGAGAGACGGUCAAGGGAAAGCAGCUUAGGACGGACAUCUGAUUCAGGAUCAGAUGCAUUCUCAGUCCGACGUCUCCCUGUUGAUACUCCUUCACAUUUAGCCCCUCACUCUGAAUCUACAAUUCAGCUACAAACAUGGACUGCAGAACCCCUAGGCCAACAGCAGAAUUUGAAUACAGAAUCUUCCCAUUACUUUCGAGCACACAGUGCCGAACCACCAAGAUAUCAACGUGCACGGAGUAUAGAAUCAACUCGCCAUCAGCGUUUACUCUCAGGUGAACCUCAGUGUGCACCAAAUGUAGAACAUCUAAACUAUGAUCAGAGGCUUCAGGGACAUCCAAAUGCUAUGAGUUGCCAGCCAGACUAUACACAACUUUCACCCUAUUACAGGGACAUGCAACAGCCAACUCAGAUGCGUAGAAUUCCCCCACAGAUUCAUUCUAGAGACAGAGAUUUUCAACAAUUAAUUCCUGAGACUACAAAUGCCCCACAACCUGAACUUAAAUAUGUAGACCUCCAUCAACCAAUGCUUGUGGGCAAUGCUUCUCACCACCAACCUCUGUAUACGGUUGGACAUGUGUCUCAAUCAUUUGGACAGAUUCAGCCAGUUGUUUCUGGAUAUAAUCAUGGUCAGCCUCUUCCUUAUGAUCCCAAUGAAGAUCUGCACCCUAUCUAUGGCCAUCCUCAUCAUGGUCCUUCCUACUGGCCUAGCCAUCAACCUGCUCCAUUGAAUGGGAAUAUUGCACGUGCUUCACCCAGUCCUUCUGCAACUCAUGGGCCUCCAGACACUCAGGGGCAUGCAGACAUACCUAGGUUAACACCAAUUGGUAGAGAAGGUGUGGAAACCAAUCAAAGGGCCAGUGCUGAACAUAUUCCGCUUUUCCAAAGGGAAGGCAGAUCAGCUUCAAGAAAUGAUCCACUAUCAGAAAGCCUGCUGAAGAGCAGAAAAGCUGUAUUGCCUUCUGAAAUUCGCCGUCGGGAGAGAAGUGUAGAUGACACCAUGAACAGACAUGCUGAGGAAGUUUUGGAGGGUAGGAGAAGCAGGAGAAUCAGCCAGUCAGAAGAGAUUGAGCGAGGAGGCAGAGUGAGUGUUGAACAAUUAGAUGAGAGGGUAGAUAAGGGCAGAAGCAGGGGUGGCAACUUUGAGAUGAGAGAAGGGCAAGAUAUAAGGAGAGUCAGCCCACUGGGGGAGGAAGGAAGUAAAGGAGAAAACAGGAUCAGCCACAUGCAGAACAGAGCAGGUCAAGGUGAUGGGAAAAUUAGUGAGUCUCAAGAAAGACCUAGACUGAGCAGCAAAAAGAGAAUACAGGGAGAAAUGCAGGUUGGGUGUGAAAAGAUGGAAGGGAAAGAGAGAUGGGAUGAUAGAAAAAUAAGCAAGUUAGGUCAAGUUCAGCAUUACGGUAAAGGACAAAUUGAUAGCAUUAAUGGGAAGUCAGUGGAACAGUUACAGAUCUUUAAACAUGUUGAAGAUCCAUCUAGGCAGGUUGAAAACUGGGCUAGUAAAUCAGAUAUAGCACAAGGCCUUGACAAAAGGCUUACUCAAUUUGAGAUAAAAGAUGGACAAAGUAAAGGGAGAACUGCAACGUUUGAUAAGGUUCAGCUAAAUGAAAUAAGUAACUCGAAGGUUUAUGAUGUAGAAAAUGUUGAAGGUCAAAAGAUGAUCCAGAGCGAGAUGUUAGAAAUGCAGGGCAGACGAAGGAGGAUCAGCCAGCCAGAGGAUGGUGAAGCACAUCUCAGACACAGAAGGAUAAGCCAAUCCGAAGAUGAUUGGAAAGUAUGUAGAGUGCGUAGGAUCAGCCAGUCGGGUAAUAGGGAUAGCCAAGAUCAAACUGACCAAACAGGUGGCCAAAUGGAGGGAGACAGACGUAAGAAGAUAAAUCAUGACAUGCUAGAAGCUAUGGACACUACACCCACACAAGAGGGCAGUGACCCAUCUUUGCAUCAUAGACUGGGAGAAGGCUGUUACUUACAGAGCGGUUCCUCCAUCCCUCAGGCCCGCCACAGAAGAAGUAGGGAUGAUCUCAAGCCAAAAACCCGGACUCGAUCUUUGUCAGAUAUUGGAGUGGCUCAGCGAUCUGCAGCAAUGCGUUGUCUUGAUCGUGCUGCAAGUCGAGAAUCCAUUAUGCCAACAGGUGUGGGGCAUAAUGCCAGGGACACAGGAACCACCAAUGGUGAAGUAGGGGCUUUGGAUACAAGAGUUUCUGUGGCAAAGCUCAGGCAUUCCUAUCUAGAGAAUGCCUCAGGACGUAGGCCAGAAUUAAAUGAAUCUAAGAUCGAAACUGCUGCCCAGGAGACUGAGUCUGCAGAGAUUAUUGACCAAGAAAAGGGGCAACGCCGACCUAGAAGGUACAUCAACCCUGGUGAUGAUCGCAAGGCUUCUGAAAGGUUCAGAACCCAGCCAGUCACAUCAGCUGAAAGACUACAGUCUGAUAGGUCUCUGGAGUUACAUAAGGCAGAAGUAGAUGAAGAGAAGUUGGAUGAGCGUGCAAAGAUGAGUGUAGCAGCCAAGAGGUCCCUUUUCAGGGAGCUUGAGAAGACUUCAGAAAGUGGUGUUCCCAAACCUCGGUCCCGUAAUGCGGCAGUGGAGAGGAGACUCAGGCGCACACAGGACCGUUCCAGAACUCAGCCUGUUACCACAGAGGAAGUGGUCAUCGCUGCGACUUCUCCUGGUCCCCCCACCCAAAUCGUCACUGUUCAAACCACAGCCCCCAGGUUUCCCAGUCCCACAGUAGUCAGCACCACAGUGACUAACUUCAGCAUGCAGACUCCCUCAGCCCCUGACUUCGCUCCACAGGAGAAGGAGAAGGAAGUUCCACCAGAAGAUGUGAGAACCGGAGAAGGGACAGCGGCUGAGGAGCCUGACCUGUCGACACUGAGCCUGGCAGAAAAAAUGGCUCUGUUUAACCGCCUGUCUCAUCCUCCUGCCCAAAAAUCAGAGGGUGCAUGUGCAGAUUCACGUCCACGCAGGCAAAAUGCCCGGUUCCAAACCCAACCUAUCACCCAAGGGGAAGUAAAUCAGGAUCUUAUGCAGGCUGUAGAUCCAUCAGAUCAGACAGAUCCAUUUCCCAUGCCUGAUGGGUUUGUAGUACCACCCAAUGGCAAUCAACUGCAGAAUGGAGGUCGUCUGAAGUUGGAGCCUCUCUCUGCAUCGUUGGUCCGUUCUGUUGCAGCGGUCACCGCCCAGGCUUCUGUUGCCAUGGUGACAAGCCUAUCCAUGGCAAUCCCUGCAGAUGUUCACACAGAGACAUGUCCAGCCCUCUCUCGCACUCCUACUCCAGCAGCACCGCCCAGUCUGCUCUCAUCCAAUCAGUCACCACACGAUAAGCUUCCAGCAUAUGAGAGGGGUGUUCGAUAUUUCAGCCUAACUGAGAGUGGGGAAAACUGCCCCCCCGAGAUAUGCUCUCCACCCCCAUUAGAGGGGCUCAUCCAACCAGCACAAGGCAAGGGCUUGGCUGCUAGAGUACCAGCCAAUGAUCAGAAACAAGAGGAGGACCAUGGGUGUAGACUUCGUUUGGCAGAAAGCAGAGAACCCACACUCCCUCAUGUAUUUAAUCAGCGCACACAUACACACACUAUUACACACACACUCUCCCACACUCAUGGAGAGAGGGAGGCGGGGCUGACUAACCAGAAAGAGAGAGAGCAAGAGAGGGAGCAUGACAGAGUGAGGCAGCAAGACUGGGAGAGAGGGAAAGACAAGAUCCUCAUCUCACAAGGUUACCUUUUGCCAGACGCUGUUCAGACGGAGCACAGCAGAGUUGUUGCCUCAGAUGCUCCUGAGACCGGUCCCUCAGUGUGUACUGUGAGCACUGCAGUUGUUUCCCUCCAAAGCCCUUCACGCACUACGACUACUGCUCCACACACACUAACAUACCUGCAGCCCAGUCCUCCUCCUGUUUCACCUAAACCCCAGCCGAAGACGAUACAGCCACACUUCCAAAGCUCUUCUCACCGCUCCCCUCAAACCUCACCUCAGAUUUAUCCCAAACCCCAGUCAUACCUCCAGUCUCCUCCACCAACAGAAGCACAAAUUUACCCAGAAUUCCCUGGACAGAUACAAACCAAAGUAUCCACUCAGACAACCAACCCCACUCAGUCUUAUUCCUACAAUCCCCCACAGACUAAGGUCCCACCUCAGACGCAACCUAAGCCCCAGUACGUCAUACCAAAUCAAACCCAGUCUUCUCCUGUGGCCCACGAAGAACCAGAGACAAUGACGUCAAUGUCCAUUAAGGAGAGGUUAGCCUUGUUGAAAAAGAGUGGGGAAGAGGAUUGGAAGAACAGGAUGAACAAGAAACAAGAAGUCGUGCAGGAAGUGGCAUCAAUGAGCAACCAAAUAUGGGAGGAGCAAGGCUUCAAGAAGAAGGAAGAAAGGGCUGUUAUUGAGGAGUUUGCCUCAUCUGAGAUGGUUUGGGAGCCUGUUUUUGCUUCCACCUAUUCCCCUCCUCCUUUCCAUUCCACCCAAAAAUGUCAGCCGGUAGACCAACCAUGCCAGAGGCUGGCAGAAGGAGUAGAGGGACAGAUGUCCAUCGAAGAGCGGAAGCAGAUGAUCUCUACAAGAGAGGAGGCAUGGCAAAGCACCGGAAAGGGUGUGGCAAAUGACUCUGGCCAGUACACUGUGGCUGCUCGGAUGGUGAAGAAAGGUCUGGCUGCAUCCUCUGCAGUGAUCAGUCCCAUUCUGUCUCCAGUCUCUGCAAAGCUAAAGAAUGGUGUACCAGCUAUCUCUAAACCACAGGAGGAGAUUGAGGUCACAGCAGAUAUGGAAUCCGACAAGAAACUGGAUAAGCUGGAGACGUUUUUGGGGCAUUUGAACAGUAAAGUGACUAGUUUGCAGGAGACGACUCUCACAGUGACCGAGAAGGCUGUGAAAGAAGUAAUGAGACUGGACGAUGAAAUCUUCUCGAAGUUCUAUCGCCGUGUGGCAGACAUCCCACGCAGCAUGCCGAGAGUGCCCAUCGAUGAUGAUUUUGAUGCCAUAUUUGGAAAACAUACACCAAAGCUGGCAUCAGCAAUGGUGCACCACAAGAGGGCUAUACGUCCUUCACGUAACGUUCAGGCAUCACGUAACCCGCUGAAGAUUCUGGCAGCACGUCAGGACAUCAGACAUGAGUACACUGAACAGAGACUCAAUAUUGGCAUUCUGGAAAGCAAGAGGAUCAAACAGGAGAAAAUGAGUCAGAGCUCCAGUAUUUCAGAUGCUGCUCUAGCUGGUUUGGCUAGUAAGGAGAACUACAGCAGUGUGAGUUUGCGCAGUGUCAGCAUUUCUGAGCAGGUGACCAACAACAGUGCUGCUCCAUACAAAAAACUCAUGCUCAUGCAAGUCAAAGGUCGCAGACAUGUCCAGACAAGACUAGUGGAGCCCAGAGUCUCAUCUUUGAACAGUGGUGACUGUUUUCUACUGGUUACGCCUGAGCACUGCUUCGUUUGGAUUGGAGAGUUUGCAAAUGUCAUAGAGAGAGCAAAGGCAUCAGAGCUGGCUAGUUUUAUACAGCUGAACCAUGACCUAGGUUGCCGGGCAACGCAAGUGGAGACCAUUGAGGAGGGGGUGAACUUUGAAAGCCCUGCUGCAGCGGAGUUUUGGAAAAUUUUAGGAGGACAAGCCAGCUACCAGCCGGCUGGUACACCAGAAGAAGACGAGUUUUUUGAGAAUGCGAUCGUAGAGACUAAUUGCAUCUUUCGUCUGGUGGAUGAUAAGCUGCUUCCUGAUGAUGAUUUCUGGGGAAGAGUUCCUCGUUGCUCACUUUUGGGAUCCAAAGAGGUGCUGGUGUUUGAUUUUGGCAGUGAGGUGUAUGUAUGGCAUGGUAAAGAAGUCACUCUGGCACAGAGAAAGGUGGCCUUCCAACUGGCCAAGCAUCUGUGGAAUGGCACCUUUGACUACACUAACUGUGACAUUAACCCACUCGACCCAGGAGGAUGCAAUUCACUCAUACCCAGGAAUGGCCAAGGUCGUCCAGACUGGGCGAUAUUCGGCAGAUUGACUGAACACAACGAGACAUCUUUGUUCAAAGAGAAGUUUCUGGACUGGAGAGAUGCUGCUGAGUCACUACCAAAGAGCAGCAGUGAACAUUCCUUCGAGCAGAAGCUCUCUCAGGGUACACCCUCUCGCUUGGAGAGUGUUGCAUAUGACGUGGGGCUGAUGCUCCCGGUGCUUCAGUCCCCUAUAAGCAUGGUUCUGGAAGGGCAGGAUGUUGGUCGUGGUCAUGGCCCUGUGGAUAGUGGAUGUUCUGAAGAUCAUCUGCGCUCUCUGGAGAUUAGCACAAUCAGUGUGGAUGUCUGGCACAUCCUGGAAUUCGACUACAGCCGCCUACCCAAGCAGAGCAUUGGGCAGUUUCAUGAGGGAGAUGCCUAUGUAGUGAAAUGGAAGUACAUGGUGAGCGUAGCAGUGGGCAACAGGCAGAAGCCCGAGCAGGUUCGCAGUGCUGGUCCAGGGCGAGAGAAGUGCUGCUAUUUUUUCUGGCAAGGCAGGAACUCAACAGUCAGUGAAAAAGGAACCUCUGCAUUGAUGACCAUUGAGCUGGAUGAGGAGAGAGGAGCACAGGUGCAGGUGCAGCAGGGCAAAGAGCCUCCGUGCUUCCUGCAGUGCUUUAAUGGCGGCAUGAUCGUGCAUUGUGGGAAGAGGGAGGAAGAGGAAGAGAACAUUCAGAGUGAAUGGCGUUUGUACUGUGUUCGUGGAGAGUUGCCAGUAGAGGGCCAUCUGCUGGAGGUAGCAUGUCACUGCAGUAGUCUGCGCUCUCGGACUUCCAUGAUUCUGCUCAACAUUAACAAAGCCCUGAUCUACCUAUGGCAUGGCUGUAAGACACAAACACACACCCGUGAAGUGGCGAGAACCGCUGCUGACAAGAUCAAAGAACAGCGACCACUGGAGGCUGGUUUGCACAGCAGUUGCAGUGUGACCAUCCAUGAGUGCGAAGAAGGGAUGGAGACUAUCGAAUUCUGGGAGGCGUUAGGCAGAAAGGAUCGUAAGGCUUAUGACUGCAUGCUCCAAGAUCCAGGAAAGUUUAACUUCACACCACGCCUCUUCCAGUUAACUAGUUCAUCAGGUGAGUUUGUGGCUCAGGAGUUCUUCUACCCGUCCAGAACUCCAGACCUGGUCAGCGCGUUCCCCUUCCUCCAGGAAGACCUGUACUCUGCACCACAGCCUGCUCUGUUCCUGGUGGAUAACUAUCAUGAGGUUUACCUGUGGCAGGGGUGGUGGCCACAGGACACAGAAACACCCGGCUCAGCCCGGAUCCGCUGGGAUGCUGACAGAAAAUGCGCCAUGGAAACAGUACUCCGUUACUGCAGAGAAAAGAAUGAGCAGAAUCCUCAAAAGUCGUAUUUGAUCCAUGCUGGACUGGAGCCUCUUACUUUUACUAACAUGUUCCCGAGCUGGGAGCACCGUGAGGACAUUGCAGAGCUCAUGGAACAGGAGGCAGAGAUGUGUAACCAGAUUACUCUGGUGGAGGAUGUUCUGGCUCGUCUUUGUCAAAGCACUUAUCCUCUUGCAGCACUGCAGACUCGGCCCCUUCCACACGGUGUAGACCCCUUGCGCCUCGAAAUCUACCUAUCAGAUGAGGACUUUGAGAAAGCCCUGGAAAUGAAGAGAGAGGAGUAUGAAGCCUUACCUGGGUGGAAGCAAGUCAACCUUAAAAAAGCCAAAGGACUCUUUUAAUUGCCUCUCAAUAGUGAUGUUGACCAUGCUCUGUUUCUGUCACAGCUCUGGUUGUGUGCCCUUGUGUACUAUGACCUCAGCUUGUCAUUAAAAUCUGAUGUUGGCGAGUGACAACAAGAUGAUGUGGAUCAUGCCAAAUGUCACAUUAGGUUUAACAGUGUUUACCUGCUGUGGUGUCUGUCUCUGAUGUUGACGUGUUUUGUUUCUAUGCACUUUCAACAGUCACCACUGUGUGUCAUCACUUUUCUAUGAACUGUGCUGUGCAGUAAGUUUCUGUACCAUCUUUGACAACAGCUGUUCUAUUCUCUUCUUCUUAUUAAAGUAAAGGUAAUCCAGUCUGGUUUUUUCUGUCUUCCCAACUUUUUCUGGGAUAGUUCUGUGUGCUUGAGGAAAAUGUAGCCUAAUUUGUAGCAAGGGAGUUUACUCUCUUCAAUUUUUUUCAAGUUGCUCUUAUAUUUUCCAUCUUCAGUGGAGUUAACCAGUAUUUAAGAUACUUUUACUGUGUGAACGAACUUUGGCUGUUGUCAGGUGAUCUCUUGCAUUUGCUUGUACUUGUUAAAACACUAUGAAAUAUGUGAGGCGAGUUAAAAGAUGAAUUAACAAAUGAAACACUGUAAAUGUACAGCAUAGUGCCUUGCUUUUGUGUACAGUUUAUAUACAGAAUGGACUCUAGUCUGUAUUUCAGAGACUUACUUUGUGAUAAAGGCAAUGGUAAUAAAGCAUAUUUACACUUAUCACCAUAA